CUUCUGUCAAUCAAUAUCAAUCAAUCGAACUCAUCAAAGCCGACCAAAGUUUAUUUCAUUAUUUAUGUUCAGGAUUACAUAGUGGAAUUUUAAAAUUUAUAGCUUUGUACAUUGUUUUUGAAUAUUUACUUCACAAUGAAACUAAAAAUGUUACUCUUUUCUACCCUGCUUGUCUUACUUUCUAAUGUUUUAUGUGAAAAUAAAUACAGCAAGUCGGCUAAUGAGAAAAAGAAAAGUGAUGUAGACUUUAGGACUUUACAAAAACCCUUUAGAAUGAAUAAACUGAACAUUUUAUGGACAAAAGCUCAACUGCGUCUCACAGAACCAAAACUAAAGUCACUCUACAGUGAUUUAAUGAUUCAAGACAAAGAAGAGAUCACAUACAAGAGAGUUAAAAGUGAGGGUGGUGAUAAAGAAGGUCUAAAGGAGGCAGAGUUACGGCGCAAGCUCACCAACAUAAUGAAUGUCUAUGGACUGAGAGAGCAUUUUGAUGACAAGCAUGUGGGGAGACAGAAAAUGGAUCCGGAGCAUAAUUCAGCGAUGGAUGAGUACAUAAACCGUAGUCUAUUCAAAGACAAGAAGCUGAACAUGCUGUGGUCGAAAGCAGAGGCGUCGGGGUUCACACCGGAGGAGUUAGCAGCGUUGCGCGAGGAGUUCACGCACCACCAGGAGAAGAUUGACCAGUACUAUGAUCUGCUCGGUAAUGUGGAGACUGAGGGACAUGAAGGUUUUAAAAAUGCCAUAAAUGAUGAAGAAAUGGUAAAUUUUAAUGAAGUUAAUUUGGAAACUAAUGAAGUAUUGAACAAGGAUUUUGUGGACAAGGCCAACUUGCUCCGAGACAAGCACCGCGGUCUGCGCGACGGCUACGACCGUUUGCAACGCAUCGCCGCUAGAGGUCCCAACAACAAGGAGUUCGUGGAGCCGAAGGUGCAAGGCUUGUGGCGUAUGGCCGCCGCCGCCAACUUCACUGUCGACGAGCUUGCUUCAAUAAAGGUGGAGCUGCAGCACUACGAGUCGCGGUUGCUGAAGCUGCGCCACCUGCAGGCCGACCACGUAAGCAAUCUAGAGAAACAUCAUUCAAAGGUGGCUGCGAGUGGCGACAAGAUGGACAUGUUCGCGGAGCAGCAGCAGCAGAUCAAGAAGCAUUCCAGGAAAGUAGAGAAGAUGCACGAUGAUUUGCACAAGAGGAUCUCACAGCGGCACACAGAGUUGUAGGCCUACGUACAACAUAAGUUAAUGAAAUUGAUUUUACUUACUAAGUGUACGUAGUGAUAUCCAAAGGCAUUUAUUUUUUUAAUUAAAUCAACAUUAGGAAAUAAUAAAAUAAUCGAAAUUUUGGUAGCUUUGUAACUAUUGAAGUAAUUUUAUUUCUUUUACAAAGGGAAGUUGUCAAUAUGUUGGAUUUCACGUGUGUGAAGCUAGUUUAAAAAAUAUGCUUCCCUCAUUCGGAAGUACAUUUAAAUAGUCCUUAACAUAUCAAAUUGUGAAAACAGCGACAUUUUAUUGUUAUUUUUCAAAAAUCAAUUUGAACAUUACUAGAAAGUAAUGAUAUAAGAUCAAUUUAUAAAAUGUAGUAAAGUACAUAUUUUUUUAUUAUAUUCGUUAGAAAUAGAAUCUCUCGUUUUAAAGUUUUAUUUUAUAUUGUUUAUUUUUUAAAUAUACGAAGAAAAUA